AUGAAUACACAAGAGCAGGCUCGGAUCGUCGAUGAUCCUAUUGAGGGAAAGCAAACCCUUGAGGAAGGAUUAAAUACGAUGAGAACGGAUGAUGAACCAACAAACGCGAACCAAAGUAUGAAUGAUCUCUCUCAGCAAGAAACUCAUCUCGCACACGAAGAAGAAUACACUCCUCCCAGACCUCAUCAACACCAUCAUAAGAAACGUCAUUCCGGUCAUUCAACUCAAAACAAUAACUCUUCCACUACAACAAAGGUUUCAUCUAAACAGCAUUCUCAUUCCAAAGAACCAUCAGAGCCAUCUUCAUUGCCUAAUGAAUUGGCCAAAUCCUCAAUGCUGAACAACACCUCCGAGAAAUUGCAUUCAGAACCAGAACAACAACUCUCGAGAGGAACCCAUUCCAAUCUCACCACCUAUUCUUCAUCAUCAUCUUCAUCGGCGACGCGUGCUUCUCAUUCAUCAUCGCUUCGGGAAAGUCAAAUGGCUUCCUCAACAAGUGCCUCAUUUCAUGGUGGAGCAACAACGAGCUCUCCCAACUCAUCCCUAUGCAAAGAGAAUACUCUCUCAUUAGAUUUAAGUUUGGCAUCAUCAACCUCGAAUGGAACGAAUCAACAAAACUCGAACGGAGAUAAUAACUCUCCAAGUUGCCAUCACAGUCAAGGCAACAAGAUUCUACAUCCGAACUCUUCAGGACGAGAGGCUGAAGAAUUAUUCGUCAAGACGCUUUCGGCACGUUCUUCGGCAGCUCAUCAAAAACCUCAACUCCCAACCACUCCGAGAGGAGAAGGCAUUGUUUCAUCGCCAAAACAGCAUCACGACCACAACAUCAAGCAGAGUACCUCUUCUCCGAAAAAAGGAUCAAGCCUGUCUGCUUCACGAAAAACUAAUUUCUCUCCCGUUAUUGCACAGGAGCAAGUGGAGCUGAAUCGAUUUGAUGAGGUUAUCCAUUGUGACUUCAAUUAUGGGAGACAUCAGGAAAUGCCUUAUAAGAAUAUGACAGGAUUUAAAUUGUGCAAAAUUGAGGAAAUGUAUCAAAAUUAUUCGAAACCUAUUUCGGUAGUUCCACAUGUAUUGGACGAGCACGAGAUUAUUGAAAAGAGAUUGAAGAAGAUCAAGUCCACAUCUCCUGUACGAUCCUCGAAAGAAUUUGUUAAGGGCGAUGCCUUACUGAAUUUGACACAUGAUGGUGAUACUAAUAAUAAUGGCAUCACUGAUAUCGAUUCACCGCCUUAUUACGGUACAGUCAUCAAUUCAAGUGUUUUGACAGAUGUGAAUGCUUCGGUAUGGACGUCUCCUCCUUCCCCAAUAGCAUCAUUGAAUUCAUCACUGCAGCAAGAAGGUCCAAUAUUGAGAUCGAAUCAAGGUGAAGCUGAAUUAAGCCAUGAUGUCAAUCCUAACUUGUCUCAUGUGCAUAAACCAACAACGAACAACAAUUAUUCGACUAGCCCAGUCAACCAAAGGUCAAUCAAAAUUUCUGCAAAUAUUCCAUCAUGCAAUAGAGCCUCUUUUGAAACUUGCUCCAGCAUGGCUUCUCACAAUCAUGACAGUCCCUCCAAUCAAAGAUGCUCGAGCCCAAAUUCAACAUCACCCAAGAAUGCAUGGUCAAAAUUUACAGGUGGAUUUUAUAAUAGUCCAAGAUGUUUCAAUACCAAUUAUAGACACUGCAGUAAUCCAAACUAUAUUCGAAAGAAUGCGGAUGAUGAGUCCACACUCGGCGGAAAGAAACUUGGAGUGGAAAGCGAGAAAGAUCCACCUAUGGUUAGAAAGAGAAAAGAAGAGCUGCACAACAUUCACCAGAACCAUAGCGUGGUAUCAGCUGCAGCAGCUUCAAAAAGAUAUAAAAGCAAUGGACACGCCACAACAGCAACUUCAUUACAGAGGUCACACCUUCAAAACAACAGCGCCAACACUACUGAGGACGUCAAGUCCUUAAUAGAUUCUUUUGAAAAAACUUCCUCCUCUCAAAAACAAAACCCAUCUCCGAAACAAGUACCAUCUGAUUCUGCUAGUGAGGACCUUCGAAUUCAAGCAAGAAGGACCACAUUGUCACCCUCACCCCCACCUCCAGGAGAAAUUCGAAAACGAAACAAAUCCAGAAAGGAGGAUAUUGAAAAGAAGCGAGAUGAAGAAUUUGGAAACCCAAAUACUCUUCACUCGGUUCAUGCAGCCUUCGUUCCACAAUUUAAGCCAAAGAGAGGUUCAUGUACCUCUCCCACAUUCAAUGAAAAUCCAUCAGUGACCAAUCUGCGGCCUCCUUCCACUUUCCAAACGAGCAUUCGGAAUGAAAUUUCAAUCUCUGGCAAAGACAACCCCAAAAAGCAUUCCAUUCUCAAUUACCAUGACUUUGAUCGAAACACAAUGUUCAUUGGAGACGACCAUGAAGAAAAUUUAAAACAACUGUUAAACCCAAAGAAUUAUCCCAUUGAUUUGUUCCCUCAAGUGGAUGCCUUACGACGACGAAAGAAUAUGGCAAAGAGCGAUUAUAAGAAUUUUAAUGCCCUUCGAUCCUCCAAGCUUCAUACGGCCUAUUUAUGUUUCAGAAGGAGCACGAUCAAUCGAUAUCUCGACUACAAACAUCAACUCGAAAAUCAAUUGGGAAAGGAUAAGGCACCAUUACUGCCACAUCACUUGAUGGGUGAAUUGCGAGCUAUCAAUGCAACACCACAAGCGAGCAAAAAACAAAUAACCAAAACAACAGAAAAGAUUAUUUUGGACGAGGAUAAGAUCCAAGUGUCGACGACUGUUUCAGAACAAGUGGACCAGCAUACCUCACUUCCAGAAAUUGUUCCUCCACCAUCCAAUAAUCAAGUCAAUACCAAUUCGAGAAAUGCAGUAUCGUUUACUUUGUAA